CCGGAUUGGCGAGGCCGCGGCGGCUCCACCCCGAAGAAGUUGGCUCCGCUGUGGGGGGAUCCGGCUGUGCCGAGCGACCGGGGUCUGCAGAGCCGCCCGCCCGCCACCGGCUCCGGGCCCCCCGCUGCUCUGGGACCCAGGCGGGCCCGCGCCCUGUACCCGAAAUGUCAUUCCCGGGAGUGUGCAAGAAACCCUAGAGAACUGUAAUGUCUAAGCCUACACGGAGUGACAACGCUAAGAUGCUAGCUUUCUCUGCUGCUUGAUCCUGCAGUGAUGCCAUAAUGCUGAAUUUUGGACAGCCCUCAUCAUUACCAUGGCAACAGACUGAUGUCACAGACUCAAGGACAUGACUUCAAUGCAUGAUCAUGCAGAGGCAGAACCUGAUUUGUGAAGGAGAAAGCUGACUGACAGACACCUGAAAAGCAAGCAAGGGGAAGGAAGGUGUUUCAGUUUGAAAAUCCCCCUUUUUAAAAGGCAAAUAUGAAUCUGGUCACAUCUUAGAGACGGGAAUGUUCUGCAUGGAUGGAUGGACGUUCUUAGAAUCGAUAUGCUGACAUUUCACAGAUUCCAAGAUUGUUUAAUGUGGUCUCCACCCAUUUCAUUUGGCUGCAACCUUUGCUCCCAUGAAAGCAAGGCUGAUUGUUCUGAAUUGCUGUGUAUAUGUGCUUUGGCACGACAUAAAGCACAAUCUCCUCCAAGAGCAGGAAGCCAUAGAAUAGUAAUAAGCAAGGAGAAUUAUCGGCUCAAUCGGGAGGCUUGGACUGAGGACCUCAUCUCCAGCUUCAGGGGACAGGAAGUACCACGAGACCUGGGGCUUCACAUUGCUCUGCAAUGACCAAUCCAAGAGUAACAUUCGUGGGCUAUGAAGAGUCCUGUCAGCCUUCAUCCAGUUUCUAGGUGGCAGAGAGAUAGUGAAACGCUGUGUGGGGCAAGAAAAGCAGUUGCGGGAGCCCUGCGUGUAAACAAAGAUGGAUUGGCUGUGACAGUGUGCCUUAGGUGGGGAGAUCGUUAUUAUGAAGACUUCCUACAGAGCUGGCCUCCACAGGGAACCACUGAAUUCCACAUCUUCGACAUUCCAUCAAGUCAAACGCGUGAAAGGUGGCACUUCAGCAGCGCAGUUCCAGUAUGAAGAGGAAAGAGUGCCACCUACUGUACCACAAGCACCACUUUCUGCAUGCAGCAGCCUGGAUUUUUCUGGGAGGUCUCUCUUCCAGGAAGUGUAGAGACCUCGCCCUGAUUACUUUCCGAGUGCAGCCUGAGAGGACACAGCUGAUCAGAAAGUUGGGCGAAGGAAGCAGAUCUUAGUGUUGUGUCGUUCAGAAACCAACUUGGAAGGAAAACAGAGGGCACGGUCACAACUGUUGGAAUACUGAGGAAGAGGUGGUCUAGAUCCAAUAAAGGAGUCAAAGUGAACGCCUUGAAUUGCACCCAGAAGAGACGUAGCAGCCACGUUCUGCACAAGCUGGAGCUUCCAAAUGGCCUCAGGGUAUAAUGCCCAGUGGAGCUUAUUGCACUAAUCCAGUCGGCGACAAGCACAGAGAUGACCAUGGCACAGUCUGCAUGUGAUGAGAGGUUGCAAUCUCCCUACCACACACUGGCUGGGAGCAGUGGGAUGAUGGGAAGGUGGUAUUGGACCUCUAGAUUGUGAAUCUUCUGGGAAGGUGGACUAGCCAAUGUUCAAGACCUCCUGUCCAUCAGUUCCCAGUGUACACAGCAUAGAUCUCAGGUUUGGGCUUCUGGCAUGCACUUAAAGCCAUACCUCAAAUUACAGAAGAAAGAGCGAUCUCUAGAUAUAAGCCAAGAUUCCCUGAGGGGCCUGCAUAUGAACCAUCAAAGGUCAGCACAGGAGGAAAAGUAUACGAACAACUGCACCAAACUGAGCAUUUUACCUACGUCCCCAGUCGUGACUCCAUCUCGAAAGCCUUUGGGAAUUAUUUAUCCUAAUACUAUGUGCAAUAUGAGUGGGAAAGCUCCAGCAGAAGGCCCAAGUGUUGAGAAGAAGAAGAAUGCCCCAUCUGCAACAAUCCACCAGGGGGAUGAGGGGGAAGGACCGUUAGAUAUCUGGGCUGUCGUGAAACCUGGGAAUACCAAGGAAAAGAUUGCCUUCUUUGCAGCCCAGCAGUGCAACAACAAUAGGAUGGGCUCAAUGAAACUUAAAAGCACCUGGGAUAUAGAUGGAAGAUCAGCUAAACGAAGGAAGAAAUCCAUGGAUCUUAUAAAAGCAAAGAUUCAAUUAGAAAGGAUGAGAGAGGCAAACAGGAGGUGCACCCAGCCUGAGCCUUUUGCAUGCGGCAUUGAGCACUGUUCUGUACAUUACGUUAAUGACAACGGUGAAGGGAUAUUUCCAGGUCGAUCCUUAUCUGUAAUCGAGAUGGUAGCUUUUCUAGAACACCGAGCAAAUGCUUUGCUGGCCGACUGCACCAAAAACUGCAUGAACGCUUCUACUACAAGGCUGAGUGGGCAAUCCAAAGGUGCACUUCCUGCUUCCGACCCUUUCUCUGCCCCUGGGGCCUGCGAGGUACAUUCUGAAAAAGGGACCUGUGGGAGUGGUGAGCAGCAGAACGAGCCUGUGCGUGUGCUGGACAUGGUUGCAAAGCUUGAAUCUGAGUGCUUGAGGCGCCAGAGUGAACGUGAAGCGGGGAGCCUAUCCAGGAACAACAGCUUCCGGAGAAACAUAGGGCGGAUGUUACUGGCGAAUGGCACGCAGUCUGAGUGUGACACUGGGAAGGUAUCUUCCAAAGUCCUUGGCCAGGAGGUAAGUUUAAAAGAUCCCGUUACAGUGGAUGAUGAUGGACAGAGAACAAAGCGUGGCCCUUCGGUUGCUGAUGAAUUAUGGGAAGGAGCUGCUUCUGGUCAGCAGUCCUUGGGGGCAGUAGCAGCUGUGGAUAUCCACAUGGUGAACAUCAGCGUCAAGCAUGAUCAAGAAACCUCAGUGAGACCCAGCAGCAGAGGUGAUUCUGAAAUGAUCGUGGAACCUCUGGGGUCUGUCCCUUCUGCGUGUCCAGUAGCUGUUGGGCUGUCUUCGGAUGCCAUGCAGAGCGAGAGUACGACUGUUGAUUGUUCGGCUAGAGAACCUGUAUCUAUUCCUAACCUGAAUUUGCAUCCGACAAGGAGAGAGUCUUUAUCCAUCAGUAUAUCGGUCACCAAGACAGAGAAGGGGUGCAGGAAAGAGCAGACUUCUAAUUUUAGCUUUGGUGAAGAUCCACUUCCAGGGAGGCUGUUCUUUCUGUAUCCUGGUCACCAAAACAAGCAAGAGCACACAGGGUUAGGGAAAAGUACUAAAGAAAAGCCAGGAGAAGUGGGCCAAACUGGGGAUGCUGCUGAUAAUAAAAUGUAUGAGAGAAAUAGUGCUUCCAUAGAGCCGUUUGCCCUUUCAGUAUCUCCCAUGGAAAGUGCUUUGCAGGUACUUGACACUUCUUGUUUGAAAAGGCAGGUGUCUCAUGACUUUUUGGAGACUCGGUUUAAAAUUCAGCAGCUUUUGGAGCCUCAGCAGUAUAUGGCCUUCCUGCCCCACCACAUCAUGGUUAAGAUCUUCAGAUUGCUCCCCACUAGGAGUCUAGUCGCUCUUAAAUGUACUUGUUGUUACUUCAAAUUUAUCAUUGAAUACUACAACAUAAGGCCAGCUGAUUCCCGCUGGGUCCGCGAUCCCCGUUACAAAGAAGAUCCGUGCAAGCAGUGCAAGAAGAAGUAUGUGAAAGGGGAUGUGUCACUGUGCCGGUGGCAUCCCAAACCCUACUGUCAAGCUUUACCAUACGGCCCAGGGUAUUGGAUGUGCUGUCACAAGUCUCAAAAAGGCAUCCCUGGGUGUAAAUUAGGUCUUCAUGACAAUCAUUGGGUCCCUGCAUGCCACAGCUUUAACCGCACUCUUCACAAGAAAACCAGAGGAGGAGCAGCAGAUGCGGAAGAGGAAUAUUAGUGCACAUACACUUUCUCUUGGGAGGAGGAAAUUUUCAUGCUCUGUGCUGUUUACAGUGUAUAUAAUUGUGUUUUCACAGGGCUAUGAAACUGCACAUACUUAAACACAAGAGCCUUUGCCUUUUAGAGGACAGAUAGCUUUUAGCCCAUCUUUGUAAAUAACACUCUUAAAAACUAAUUGUACAUAUAGAGUCUCCAGCUGGCUGAACAACUUAAUCACUACAAUGCAGCUAUGAUAGUGUUGCGGCUAUAGUCGUGUGUGUUUUUAAGUGUCUUGUUUCAAAAUCUGUAUAUCCUGUAUAAUAUAUGAAUGUUUCUGAAAAGAAACUCUAAAUAGGUAAAGGUUAACUUGGUUAAAGGAUCUUCAAAUGAUUUAACUGGACAACCUUAACAUUAGACUAGAACAGAUAUUUGUUACAGUAGAGUAGCCGUAAACAAAAGAGGAUGAUUAUUGGAUAGGCAGAGUAUAAAAAGGUUCUUGUCUCCCUUACCCAUGUUGUCUGGUUAUUUUUUUUUUUUUUUUUUUUUACUUUAAUAAAAUGUGCAUUCUA